GGAAGCGAUUGUGUCACAUGAUAAAAGUGGGCGGGUCUCGGGGCUGUUUCCGGAAACAUGGAGGCUGUGCUGAGCGAUGUGGUCGUCCCGGAGGACCUUUUAAAGUUUGAGAAGAAGUACAACAGCGAGCUGACAAAGGGAGCCGUGUCCAAAGACACCAAGUUCGAGUACGCCUGGUGUCUGAUCCGCAGCAGGUUCUCCGAGGACAUCAAGAAGGGGAUCGUGCUGCUGGAGGAACUCGUUCAAAAAUCCUCCAAGGACGACUCCAGGGACUUCCUGUUCUACCUGUCGGUGGCCAACUACAGACUCAAAGAAUAUGAAAAAGCCCUGAAGUACAUCCGGACCCUCAAGAACAACGAGCCGGGGAACAAGCAGGCGCUGGAGCUGGAGAAGCUCAUCGUCAAGGCUCUAAAAAAAGACGGCUUGGUUGGAAUGGCGAUCGUUGGAGGAAUCGGCCUGGGCGUGGCCGGUUUAGCGGGACUCAUCGGCUUGGCGGUGGCGAAGGGAGCUUCCAAAUCCUAACUGGGAAGUGAGAUGACGCGCUGGACUCCCACACUGACCCUUCCCCUGCAUAAAGAAAUAAUAAAAGCUGAGUGGAGAAAGUUUGAAGGGGCGUAACCUCUUGGUUUGAACUCGAAUGUGCCAGUGAUUAACCUGCUCUCAUAUUUUAACAGGGUUGAAAUUCACUCUACAUGUAUACAUUACUUUGCUAUCUGCUCACCGUACUACAGCAUGGCACCUUCAUAGUACUUAUGUAAAUAAAUUAGAAUUAAUCAGUAUUUGCAUUUUAGCCUAAAACCCCCUGAGUUGACAUCUACAUUUUGGGAACAUAUGUUUGUAAAAAUACAGAUGUGGUUUUGUAUUUUCAUUAUUUGUUGACAUGAAGGAUUGUUUUGGAAAGUGUUACUGGUGCAGAGGGAAGUGCGGCUGUGUCAUGAUAAAAAGGAAGAGUCAUUAGUUUCCAGGUAAUAGUGACUCGGCAAAACUGCUUUGGGAAAAGAACUUUAUUUUGUUUUGUUCUGAAAACAACUUUAAGUUGAAAGAUGCAAAUCCCUUAUUUGAACUAAAUACAUUUAUUCAUGUGAUCUGCCCUUUAAACAUUCAUCUGUGCUGAAUUCACUGACCUGUGUUUUCAUGUGGAAUAAAUAAAAUAUUUAAAUAUAAAA